CCUCCUUGACAGCUUCACUAACAGAGACGUUUACUAGGUCGCUAGAGAGAAACAGAACAGUUUUCAAAUUGAUUUGUAUGAGCUCAGAGAAUACUUUACACUUAGUAUUUUCCAUGGGAGUAUCACAAUGGACUGCAUGAUUACUACUACAAUAUUCUUGUCAGUGUUAAAAGCUGCACUUUGUUUUAAUGUCGAUCCUGUGGCUUGGAAGCUCCUGACUAACAGUGCUGCAGGUUUUGGAUACCAGGUGGUGCAGAGACGAUCAGACUUGCUGGUCAGCGCUCCUCUUGCACAGUAUUCGGUAAGCGGAAGGGGGCAAAUAUAUAGUUGCUCCCUUGAAACCUGCCGUCAGCUGUCAGUUCCACUGCCAGAUUUUGCAGUCAACACGUCCCUUGGUUUGACAAUGACAAGUGAUCCCACCACACAAAACACUAUGGCAUGUGGUCCGACCAUCCCAAAGGACUGCAACAGUAUCACAUUGUACAACGGCGUAUGCAUUCAGAUAGACAAACUGAAUCGUAUUGGAGGCCCUGUGCCUUCUUCUCUUGAAGAGUGUCGAACCCAAGCAGACAUUGCAUUUCUGUUGGAUGGCUCAGGCAGCGUAGAUGCACUAGAUUUUCGAACAAUGAAGAAUUUUGUGAAAAAUCUUGUCAGCUCAUUCUUGGGAAAAGAUACACAGUUUGCCAUUGCCCAGUUCUCCACAGGAUCCACCAUCCAUUAUUACUUUAAUACAUUUGAUCUUAACAUGUGGAGCACUCAGAUUGAUAGAGUAAGACAAUUAGGUGGAUGGACUUACACAGCGGCUGCCAUCCAACAUGUUGUCAACGAUGUCUUCUCACCAAGCAGAGGUUCCAGGUCAAAUGUGAAGAAGGUUUUGAUCGUCAUUACAGAUGGACAAUCCAAUGACCGGAAUCAAUUGCCAGAGGCAGCAAAUUUAGCUGAAAGUAAAAACAUUGUUCGAUUUGCUAUUGGGGUUGGGAACGCAUUUACUGCAGCUGGAGCAAAACAGGAACUGGACACCAUUGCAUCUUCUCCCCCAGAAAACCAUGUGUUUCAAGUGGAGAGCUUUGAUGCACUUGAAAUAAUAAGACAGAAUUUGCAGGACAAGAUCUUCGCAAUCGAAGGAUCUCAAGCAGGUGGAGAGUCACUGAAAAUGGAAAUGGCUCAAGAGGGAUUCAGUGCAGCUUUUGUGCCUGGGGGAUUUCAGACGGCUAUUGUUGGCGCCAACCAGUGGAGGGGAGGCUUCCUGCAAUACACAAGCCAAGGCCAGAGGAGUAGCUCUUAUGAGCCUGCACAGAUGGAGCCUGACAGUUAUCUUGGUUACUCCAUGGCAGUUGCUAAAACAAGGCAAGGCCUGUUGACAAUUGUCGGUGCGCCGAGAUAUCAGCACCGAGGAAUUGUGAUGACAGUUGACACAAAAGGCAAAAACAAAAUCAUCGACCCCUCUCAGUGGCAGGUUCAGAGUGGUGAAUAUUUUGGGGCAGAGGUCUGUACCAUGGAUGUGGAUCGUGACACCUACACUGACCUCAUCCUCAUUUCAGCCCCGAUGUACAUGGACACUGACAGAGAGGGAAGAGUUUAUGUUUGCAGCCUAUCUGGUUUGAAUGUUGAUUGCCACUUUGAGUCUCCAUCAGUACUGAGAGGGGACGCAUCUGACAAAGGAAGGUUUGGGUCUUCUCUUGCUGUACUGCCCGAUCUUAACUCUGAUGGUCUCAGUGAUUUGGCUGUUGGGGCGCCUCUGGAAAACAGUGGUCAAGGCAGCAUCUACAUAUUCCACGGCGAAGGAAGAGGAAGAAUCAGUCUUACUUACUCGCAGAGAAUUGCUGGCUCUGAGGUCAAUUCAGACCUGAUGUUCUUCGGCAUGUCAAUCAGUCAGUCGUCUUUUGACCUUAGUAGUGACAGUCUGCCUGACUUAGCAGUGGGUUCAAAGGGAAAAGUUGUCUUACUCAGAUCAAAGCCUAUAGUAAUGGUGGAAGCUAAGUUGUCAUUCGGUCCAAGCAAAAUCCCUACUCAAAACCCCGACUGCAAGACACCAUUGACACACCACGUUAAAAUCUGCUUUAUCAUGACCAGACACUCUACAGUAAACACAGCUCGAGCACGGGUUAACUUUACUUUCACGCUGGAUGCCACCCGCAAGGCCCCAAACAACCGAGCUUACUUCACUGAGAAACAACGAGUGGAGACCAGAUCAAUUGUUCUUGACUUAGGACUGACAUCGUGUACCUCACUGAAAUUUUUUGUUGAGGCUUGCCCAGAAGAUGCACUCAAUGCACUUUCCAAUGAACUCAGAUUCACCUUUGACGGCUUACCUUCUGACACAAAUCUCAGCCCAAGUCUGGCCCAGCAGGCUCAGACAACAUCCAUCCAUCCUUUAGGCUUCGAAAUCAACUGCGGCACUGACAACAAAUGUGUGGAUAACCUUAAAGUGGAUUUUAACUUUACCAGAUCCUUAGAGGUUAAAGUGGGUAUUGAUGAAUUGUUGGAUGUCACCGUGUCAGUGGAGAACAGCGAGGAAAACUCUUACAACAGCCGUGUCAUUGUCACGUACCCACCUGGACUCUCCUACAGGAAGUUUACAAUUCUGCAGGGAAGAAUUGAGUGCAACUCUUUGGACAGUGAAGGUGCCUUAUUGCGAGGAAGGACAGACUGCACCAUUGACAAGCCUAUUUUCAAGGGCAACACUAAGGCGUUCUUUGUCAUCUCCUAUGGGAUUGAAAGUAAUAGUCAACUUGACAGGAAAAUUUUCGUCACCGCAAAUGCUACCAGUGGGAAUCAGGAGCACUCCAGCUCAAGCGAACUCUACAAAAAGAAAGAGAUUGAUGUGAAGUACAGCAUUUUUGUGACAAUAGAAAGCACCCUCAGCUACAACAAUUUCACUUUCGGAAAGAAUGAUUUGCAGAAACCAGUCCAGCAGCCAAUUGUGGUAACAAAUGACAUCAGGGCUUUGAAUUUUACCGUGGUGAUCAGGGUGCCGGUAAAGCUUGGCGAUAAAGACAUCUGGGCGGAUUCGAGCAGUUUGCAGUUUCCAGACUGCGAAAGAGACAAAGAUGAAGCACCUACUGUCACAGAUUUUGUUGCUCAGAUCCAGAAAAAUAAGUUAGUGGACUGCUCUGUGGCCAGGUGCUCAGUGUUCAAGUGCAAAAGAUUCAUGGCAAGCCUGGAGAGUAAAACAUACAAAAUCUCUGCCAACCUGAGUUCUCGAUGGAUAGAACAGAUUGGACUUCAGUCUGCCAAAUUCAUUCUGACCAGCACGGCCAGUCUGGAGUACGACAGAGAACAGUACAUCUUCUUUUCAACAGGGUCUAAUAACAACCCUCCUGUUCGCAAGAUUGAGUCAGUGGUAGAAGUGUAUCCUGUACCAGACUUCACCAAAGAGAUUGUUGGAGGAUCCCUGGGAGGGCUGGCUCUACUGGCUUUACUCACCGCUGGCCUGUAUAAGGCUGGAUUUUUCAAGAGUAAAUACAAGGAAAUGAUGAAUGACACUGCAGAAGAAGCAGGAGAUCCAGGGCUUGAUGGAGACGAACCCACACCAGAAUAAAAUCAGUUGUUGUCCCACUGGCUGGUUCCAGAUCCCAUACAUCCAUACGCUUAACCUGCUGGUUGCAGCUGACCACAAAAAAACGAAGACAUGCACCCUGUGACAAAGGCUCAUAAGUAAACAUUGAUUCAGGUCCCAAGUAAAAAAUGGAUGGGAACAGCUAUCCCAUAUUAGAGAUACUCAGGACUUUGUAGUGACCAGUGAAUUGAGAUGUCAGGUUCUAUAAAGAGCAUACAUUUCUCUCAAAAUUUGGACACACAGGUAAAACGAUGCAGGGUAAAUGUAGCUCACGAGACAGUCAACAGUGAUUUCUGACACAGUCUAAGCCAGACGUGUCCAAACUAUUCCACAAAGGGCCUUGUGGCUGCAGGUUUACAUUUCAACCAAGGAGGAGCACACCAGGCUGGACUCAUUUAAUCAGCUGAUUAUUAGGUGACCUCUUGAUUGGUUGGAACAAAAACCUGCAGCCACACAGCCCUUCAUGGAAUAGUUUGGACACGUCUGGUCUAAGUGAUCCAGACAUGUGAUGUAAUGUUCCAGGAGUUUCAGAGAGGCUUUACAGAAUGACUUUACAUUUUUCUUGUAUGAUUUUUGAACUGGGCCACAAUGAAACAUUUCUGCGUGUACAUUUCUGCAAACUGCGUAUGUUCAUUUGAACAAUUUGUCGGAUGGUGAAAAGAAAUCAAUUCAGUGUGAUCAGCUGGAUUCUGGUUUUCAUCACAUAUUGUCCUGUGAAACUGCUGAAAUGCUAUGUUUUAUGUGCACUUGCUAAAAAUAACUGAUACAACUUUUAUUGACAACUUGAAUUGCUUUGUUUAGGAAUAAAUUGUAAAAUGUGCAAUAUUGAUCUAAGUAUUUUGAAUUGAUUGAUGGGACAUUUAUUUUAUGCUUCAUCAAUAUUUAUUAUAUACAAGUGAUUAAAAUUACAUUUCAUUUGUCUUACAGUUUAAGGAGAUUAAACUUCAUACAAGACCCAUCAUCAUAUUCUUAAGUGGAAAGACAACAGAGGUUUAUGGGAACACAAGAAUAAAUAACAAAAUGUUGUUCUUCAUUUAACUGGAUUCCAUGAAUGACAUUUUGAAAAAGACAUUUCAACGCACAAUUCAUUUCUAUGAAAAAAAUCAUCGUACAACAGUAAAAUUCAGUUUGUUUUUAAAAAUUAAAAUGCCUCAUGAAGCAA